AUAAAAACUACGCUGUAGAUUGUGCAAAAGGAAGUUUAAUUCUGACUUCCGCCAUGCACAUAACAAGAAGUAUCACUCAGGAGAACUGGCUGCAAUGACAGGAAUUCCGUAUGAAACAGUAGAUUGUGUGGUGAAUCCUUUCGUGGCACGUACGGAAAGGCCAAAAUCUGUCAAUAAAGUUGUACCAGAAGAACAAAUCAUUGCCUCAUCAGAGGGUCAAGAGCAAGUCACUCCUAAGCCAAAUGGAGCAGAACAAGUUAUUCCUCAGCCGGAUGAUCAAGAGCAAAUGAUUCCUCAGCUGGAUGGUCCAGAGCAAGUUACUCUUCAGGUUGUAACACGAGUACCAGUUACUCCUCCAUUGGACAGUCCAGAGCAAGUGACUUCAUCAUCGAAUGGUCCACUGCAACAAAUUGCCUCAAUGGGUUGUCCAGAGUAACUUACUUCUCAUAAAGAUGAACCAGAACUGGGUCUAAAUGUUCAGACAGAUCGACCCAGUCAGACAGUUAACGUUACUACAGAAAGCUGUGUGUGAGUUUUUAAAUGAAAAAUUCCCCUCUGAUUUUGAUCUGUAUUGUGGUAAAGGUUUUUAAUUUUUUGACAUAUACAGAAUGACAUUUCCUAAAACAGGACCAUGUCAACCUGGAGCUGAAAAACAUUUCCGAUAACUGUAAAAGGUGAUUCCCGUUCACUCCAAGAAAGCUGGUAUACGACUGGUACUGGCCAUAGAGAUUAGUUAUCAUACUUACCAACUAAGGAUGCAGUUUUCUGACACAAAUAUAUAUUUUUUCCGAAUUCCAUAGAGACAGCAUCUAGAUGAAUAGGUAUGCGUAGUUGGAAGAAUGCUUUGUUUUGUUUUGUUUGUUUUUGAAUUUCGCGCAAA